AGAGCACACUCCAGCAGCAGACUCCAGUGUCCUUUCACCCGGCAGUAACUUUCGGUUCCUAUGGUGGACCGAACACAGCUAGGAUGACAUGGAAGCGUACCAGACCCAGAACCGCUUCCUCAAUUCCGAGAUCCACCAGGUGACAAAGAUCUGGAGAAAGGUGGCUGAGAAGGAGAGGACCCUCCUGAUGAAGUGUGCCUACCUCCAAGCCAAGAACUGCCAGGUGGAGAGCAAAUACCUGGCAGGGCUGCGGAGGCUGCAGGAGGCCAUGGGGAACCAGGGCAGCGAGUGCGCAGAGCUGCUCAGGCAACUCAUCCAGGAGGCGCUGCAGUGGGAAGCCAGCGAGGCCUCUGCUGACAGUGUUGAGCUGAGCCCCAUCAGCGAGUAUGAUGAGUAUGGCUUCCAGACGGUGCCCAACUACGAGGUGGAAGACCUGAAGCUGCUGGCCAAGAUCCAGGCACUGGAGGUGCGCUCCCACCACCUGCUGGCCCACGAGGCUAUGGAGCGACCCCUGCGAGAGCGCUGGGCUGCCCUGGGUGAGCUCGCACCCUCCGUGGAGCUCAAGCAGCUGCUGCGGAUGGGCGUGUCCCGGGAGCACCGGCCUCGAGUCUGGAGGUGGCUGAUCCACCGCCGCGUGCAGCACCUGCAGGCCCCUGGCCGCUACCAGGAGCUGCUGAGCCGGAGCCAGACCUGCAAGCACCCUGCUGCCCGCCAGAUCGAGCUGGACCUGAACCGUACUUUCACCAACAACAAGCACUUCACCUCUCCCACCUCCAGCUUCCCCGACAAGCUCCGCCGGGUGCUGUUGGCCUUCUCCUGGCAGAACCCCUCCAUCGGCUACUGCCAGGGCCUGAACAGGCUGGCAGCCAUCGCUCUGCUGGUCCUGGGUGAAGAGGAGAGUGCCUUCUGGUGCCUGGUGGCCAUCGUGGAGACCAUCAUGCCAGCUGAUUACUACAGCAAGACGCUGACAGCGUCCCAGGUGGACCAGCGGGUGCUCCAGGACCUCCUCUCAGAGAAGCUGCCCAGGCUGAUGGCCCACCUGGGGCAGCUCCGUGUGGACCUCUCCUUCAUCACCUUCAACUGGUUCCUCGUGGUCUUUGCCGACAGUCUCAUCAGCAAUAUCCUCUUCCAGGUCUGGGACGCCUUCCUGUACGAAGGCACCAAGGUGGUGUUCCGUUAUGCCCUGGCCAUUUUCAAGUACACCGAGGAGGAGAUCCUGAGGUUACAGGACAGCCUGGAGAUCUACCAGUACCUGCGCUUCUUCACCAAGACCAUUUUCAACAGCCGGAAGCUGAUGAGCAUCGCCUUCAACGACAUGAACCCCUUUCCUAUGAAACAGCUGCAGCAGUUGCGGGCGGUCCACCGGGAGCGGCUGGAGGCGGAACUGCGGGAGCUGGAGCAGUUCAAGGCCGAGUACUUGGAGACUCGGGCAGCCCAGGACCCGGUGGUGCCCGAGGGUUGCACCAGUGAGGACGAGGGUGACGGGGAGGCCUGACGUGGCCACCUGUCCCCAAAGCCCUUCCAUUCUUGACUGGCAGGCCAACAGGAGGGCGGCCUUGGAGCAGUGGUCCAGCCCCUGGAGCCCAUCCCAUGUGACGCUGGGCAAGGCCUUUCCGCUUCUGGGCUCCAGUCACCCCAUCAGAACGCUGGGUGCUGGUUGGGUGCCCAGGGAUGCUGCCCCUUCCUCACUUCCUCCUCAGAGCACUUUAGCACGCGGACAGGAGUGCUGUCUUUAUAGGGAACUGUGAACAUUCUCUAAGUUCUUCUGUAUAAAACCAUGUAAAUACGAGAGAUAGUU